GCAUGCCCACUAGGGAUAUCUGCCGGACAGGGCCGAACGAGCACCGUCUCGUAACGUUCGCAGGUCGUUCUAGGUGUCGUUGACGUCAACUUUGUUCCUGACGACAUGCCAUAUCGUACGGCAUGUCGAUACAGACCGGGGUUCCAUGAUUAGGCGACGAGGAUGGCUAUGAGAUAGGCCACCCGGAAAAACCACGAGGAACGGGAAGCUUCGACCGAAGGUUGCACCGACAGUGGGUGGAAUUCUGUCAUGGCAAACGCUUUAGGUGUUACGGCUCUGUGGAUUAUGUUAUGUUCACUUCUAUUUAGUGCCAGGGAUGUCGCAGGUGCAUACUACAUGGAAGACUAUUGCGGCAGUCAAGUUUCUGUCCCGGUGCCUCUUCUUGGAGAAGCAUCCUCAGAGAUUAUAGGAGCACUCAAGGACACCGUGGAGAGAGUGAAAGAGCCAUGUGCCUCUUCCCUGCAUCUGCAAACAGUCGCCCCAGCUCAACUGGGGAUCGUCAUCGAGGAGCUGAAUACGUUCAAGGAUCCAAAUGAAAAUUUCUGCAUUAAUUAUGUCGACAUGCAUCCACUGGAGUCGUUUUUGACGCGUUUUUGUGGCCUCCUCGAAGACCUGGCUGAGACCUCUGACGCGUCUGAAGGGAAUGAACUGGAUAUCUUAUGGAACAGAGCCACCGUACAACUGGAAGAGAAAGGCCUUCAACUUGCCAUCACUGCUUUUAUACUGGCAGAGAACGGAAAGUGCCCAGAAAACAUGUACCACUGCACCAACGGCCGCUGCAUUGACCAACGAUGGCGGUGCGACAGCGUCAACAACUGCGGGGACAACUCCGACGAAUCAGAAUGCACUGCUCGCGUGUUUCCAGGCAUGAACUCUUCAGCAAUGCGCAAAGCGUCACUGCUGCUUGUGGUUGUACUGACGACACUUGUGCUGCGAAGGUGACGGUCAUUAGAGUAGCCCAUGCUGUUUAGAAACAACGAAGGAGUGGCAAGCUCAGGGCAAAUCCGUUGCAACUAUAGAGUUCAAAAGAGUCGACCGCACUAAUUACAUUUCAUGAGAACUGAUGCUGUGAUUUCUGUGUUGUGUGUGUUUCCACAUCUACGGCUGCAUGGUGCAAUGGCAGAUCUCCACACGUCACGUGGUACCUGGACAUGGAAAGAACGUGUGUGAAUGACUGUACGUGAUACAAGUUCCAUGAACGUCCCAAGUCACUUCAGCGAAAGACAGAACGGCGAAAACUGCCUGCGGAUAUCUCAGGGAAGCACGACGGAAACUUACUCGAUGGCAAAUGACAAAAAACAAUGUCAAUGUCAAAUGUCAAUGUCAACAAUGUCAAAAUGUCAAAAACCGCGCGGAAGGCCAUAUAUAUAGGCAGCACCUGAGAGCCAAGUGUAGCUUCGUUGUCACUGUAAAUUCAGAAACUCGGUGUCUAUUGAAAAAAAUCGCACAAUAGCCCCCAGGACAUUUGACCUAUAGGACCUUUGUCACAUCAAAGGCUCCGCUGCAGAAAUUUCCGUCACCCCUCUCACCAAUGAGGAGUGUACACCGUACCUGCUGUUGUUUUUGUUUAAUUUUGCAACCCCCUAUAAUUUCUGAGAUUGCUCAAUACAACAACAAAUAAGUAAUGAUGAUGUUGUGGGAUGUUUCGCUGCUGAGGCGGCACCCUAUCCCAUUGCUUGAGGGAGAGAACAUGGUGAAUGAGCAUUGGAAGCUCGGGGACCCCCCCCCCCCCCCUUACCCACACCCACACACAAGUCAGUUUCUGGGGAAACUGUGCUCUAUGCUCUGCUGUCCAGUCGGGCCAAGGUUGCCCUUGAGAUCAUCUGGAUUCUGGCGACUCAAACCGACCCAUUCGGCCAGGCCUACAGGUUUUGUGCGUUCCUGUACAGUUACUAUGUGCUGUGUGAAUGGUUAUUGAUGAUUACGUAUGACAGUACCUAAAGUUACAGAGCAAAUAAACUUUUAUUUAUUUAGUUUUUAGAACUAUU